AAAGAAGGCUGUAGCAAAUCUAAAGAAAGCAUCAUCUUUAUUUUGCUGCAUCUGAUUGAAACACUGAUCAUCAGGAGGUCUGAGUUCAAUGCUAGCUGUGCUUAACCCAAAGCCAUGGCAUCACCACGGCUCUCAGUCCUGCUGCUGUUGGCCACCUUGCUCUUCAUGCUGUCAUGCAUCACCAGUAAUGCUGAGGAACACCCACUAUCACAAAGACCCACCUAUGCCAACCUUGUUCGCAAAUACAGGGACCGCAGAGCACCACAACCCAUGACAGGCAAAACAAAGGAGCUCAUAAAAUCUAGUGCACAGGUAGCAUCUGCCUUACUGAAAGUUGUUGCAGACGCUCUUAAUGCACCAGGGGUCAAAGAAGCACUGGGCCAAAUUGCAAGCUUUGCCAGUCUUGCGCCGGGUAUCGGCACCCUGGUUGCAGCGAUCAUCAAUUUGGCUUUGGCCUUUGUUCCUGGAGCAGACCCCGUGAAAGACAUGCUCAAAGACAUCAAUCAGAAGCUGGAUUCCAUUUCCAAGCAGAUUGCUGACCUCAAAACCGAUGUUGAGUGGAACACCUAUGCUAGUGCCUACUCUCGAGACGAAACAAACAUCAUCAACUCCUGGAACGAGUUCAACAAAUUCCGUCAGAGCUGUGAGAAAGAACCAAACUGUGAAAAUCAAAAGCGUGAACUUGCCAACAAAUUUGUUAGCUUCUAUGAGAAUACAGCUACAGAGAACAGUGUGGCUAGGCUCGUCUUUUAUUUGACCAACACAGAGGCAUCUCUAAGCGCCAACCUGUUGCACUUACUGAAAAAGAGGCACAAAUGUGAUAUUAAAGAGUUAAACAGGUACAACUUUUUUUUGAACAGCUUGCUGUGGAGAGGAAUGGUGCUGAACCAGCUCUACUAUAAACUGAAGGGCUACGACACCGAAGACAAGGAAGCAGAGUAUGUGUCCCAGUUCAACAAGGUGAUAGAAGCCCAGAGAGAUGUUGUGGCAAGCUGUGCUGAUAGUGAAGAGUACAUAGAACCUGCUGUCCAAAAGAUCAACCAGAUUCAUCCUUUGAAACCGGAUGAAGAAUCAGCCACAAAGGUCAAAGAAGAACUAGACAAGACAUAUGAUUUUUAUUACUGGAUAGUGGUCAUUUUCAAAUCAAAUGACAAAGAGAAGCAUUCAUUAUUGCAUUUUACCUCAGUUAAUUUGGGUGACAUUACUGUAGCUGUAAGUCGCACCAACUCUAAGUGGAAUGAAGAUAUCUUUACAUCAGAAAAUCCAAAUUACCUAAGGGGAAUCCUAGAAAAGAAGAAAUGUUCAAAUUUGGAACAGGAAUUAUCGCGUGAUAAUGGUCCAGUUGACAAAUGGGAGAUGGACUAUUUGAGGUUGAUUUUUGCAGCGCUGCUUGUCUCUAAAGGCAAGGUUUUUGCAGCUCCAGAGGCGUUCAUCAGCGGUAAGUGCAAUAGCGUUCCUGCCAAACUGCACUUCUAUUUUUAUGCAAAACUUCCUCACAGUCCAAACGCACCUUGGGAUCCAUGCGGCAAUUUCGGAUGCGAGAACGGUGCCAAAUGCAGGUGGCUGGCGGGGACUUUGACAAUGUGUGAAUGUCAGCCAGGGUACCAUGGAGACAAAUGUCAGAAUGCUGUCAGCGUGACUCGUAAGGAUCUUGAGGUGGUGUUAGACAAGCCCGUCCCCAGCAUCACCACAAUUGACGAAAAGCUCAUCAAGAUGGACACCAAGAUCUACAAGGUGCACACCAGGCUCUACAGGCUGGAGACCCAGCUCACUAAGAUGGACACCCAGCUCGCUGAGAUAAGUUCUAAUCUGAACAAAAUUUAUAAGCUGCUGGAAAGACCAACUGCAGAUAAAUCACAACAACAACCAGAAAACUGAGUGAAGAACCAACUAUUCAUGAAUUGCUGA